AUGUCGCCCUGCUGUUUGCCGUUUGGCAUGUCGCCCUGCUGUUCUCCGUUUGGCAUGUCGCCCUGCUGUUCUCCGUUUGGCAUGUCGCCCUGCUGUUCGCCGUUUGGCAUGUCGCCCUGCUGUUUGCCGUUUGGCAUGUCGCUCUGCUGUUUGCCGUUUGGCAUGUCGCCCUGCUGUUCUCCGUUUGGCAUGUCGCCCUGCUGUUCUCCGUUUGGCAUGUCGCCCUGCUGUUCUCCGUUUGGCAUGUCGCCCUGCUGUUCUCCGUUUGGCAUGUCGCCCUGCUGUUCUCCGUUUGGCAUGUCGCCCUGCUGUUCUCCGUUUGGCAUGUCGCCCUGCUGUUCUCCGUUUGGCAUGUCGCCCUGCUGUUCUCCGUUUGGCAUGUCGCCCUGCUGUUCUCCGUUUGGCAUGUCGCCCUGCUGUUCUCCGUUUGCAUGUCCCGCCCUGCUGUUCUCGUUUGGUCAUGUCGCCCUGCUGUUUCGCCGUUUUGGCAUGGUCGCCCUGCUGUUCGCCGUUUGGCAUGUCGCCCUGCUGUUUCGCCGUUUGGCAUGUCGCCCUGCUGUUCGCCGUUUUGGCAGUCGCCCUGCUGUUCGCCGUUUGGCAUGUCGCCCUGCUGUUCUCCGUUUGGCAUGUCGCCCUGCUGUUCUCCGUUUGGCAUGUCGCCCUGCUGUUCGCCGUUUGGCAUGUCGCCCUGCUGUUCUCCGUUUGGCAUGUCGCCCUGCUGUUCGCCGUUUGGCAUGUCGCCCUGCUGUUCGCCGUUUGGCAUGUCGCCCUGCUGUUCUCCGUUUGGCAUGUCGCCCUGCUGUUCUCCGUUUGGCAUGUCGCCCUGCUGUUCGCCGUUUGGCAUGUCGCCCUGCUGUUCGCCGUUGUGCGCUGCCAGACUCCAUUCAAAUGCAAAGGCUUACCCAUCGUUUGUGACAUCACAAUGUCAUCUCCAUCGACCAUGGCUGUCAAUCAUCGUCGAUAUACGAUGCUUCCGUAAUGUUGCCCCAACCCUAGCUGAGGCCACAGCGAAUAGAGAGAGAGAGAGAGAGAGGACUGAGAAAGAGUGUUUCUAUGGAGGGCCUUAGAGAAAGAGAGAGUGCUUUUAUGGGGGGGCCUAAGAGAGAGAAUGUUUCCAUGGGGGGCCUUAGAGACUGUGUCUUAUACUGGGAGGAGAGGAGCUUAAAUCGAUACAAUACCCCACUGUGGGCUUUCUCUAAUGCAGUCACUCCAUUAAGGCGUGGUGGUGUGGGUCUUGUGGAGGAGAGGGAUUGAGUGUUUGGGUGGAGGAGAGGGAGUGAGUGUUUGGGUCGUGGAGAGGGAUUGAGUGUUUGGGUGGUGGAGAGGGAGUGAGUGUUUUGUGUGGUGGAGAGGGAGUGAGUGUUUUGGGUGGUGGAGAGGGAGUGAGCGUUUUGGGUGGUGGAGAGGGAGUGAGUGUUUUGUGUGGUGGAGAGGGAGUGAGUGUUUUGGGUGGUGGAGAGGGAGUGAGCGUUUUGGGUGGUGGAGAGGGAGUGAGUGUUUUGGGUGGUGGAGAGGGAGUGAGUGUUUUGGGUGGUGGAGAGGGAGUGAGCGUUUUGGGUGGUGGAGAGGGAGUGAGCGUUUUGGGUGGUGGAGAGGGAGUGAGCGUUUUGGGUGGUGGAGAGGGAGUGAGCGUUUUGGGUGGUGGAGAGGGAGUGAGCGUUUUGGGUGGUGGAGAGGGAGUGAGUGUUUGGGUGGUGGAGAGGAAGUGAGUGUUUUGGGUGGAGGAGAGGGAGUGAGCCUGAUAUCAACCCUAAUGUUACCUUAGCCUGAUAUCAUCCCUGACAUUGAUGUAUUCCACUACCUUCAGGAUCUCAUUCCCCACCACAAUAGUUAGUCAGCGUAUUUCUCAGUGGUCUGACUGUCUUCUCAGACCGCUCUCUGAGAAGACGUUCUGUUGAACAGGUAAAGCUGAAGGGGGUGUGGUCUUCCGUGGUGAGGGACUUUACUCAAACAUUUCAAUAAGGAAAUUCUAAUGUCAAAGUCACUACUGUAUUUCACUAAAAACGGAAGUAGCCUACUAUCUCGCCAAAGGUGUCUUUUCUCUCAAAACAGGCCGAUGUGUGAGGCUGUACUUGAAUGCAGAGGUUGGGUGUUUAUUUCCAUUGUAUGCAUGAGAACACAAACUGAAGGGGUUGUUUGCUGACUUUACUGAGGGAGAGACAGAAGCAUGCAGGAUGACUGGGUUUCAGUUGGUGGUUGGUUGAAAUCUGGGAUCUUUUGGCCAGACUUUCUGGUAUCAGCCUACGCCUCUCUUUUUCUUUCAGUCUCUCACUCACACACACACACACACACACACACACACACACCAUGUUCCUUCCUACAGUGAGGGAAACAAGUAUUUGAUCCCCUGCUGAUUUUGUACGUUUGCCCACUGACAAAGACAUGAUCAGUCUAUAAUUUUAAUGGUAGGUUUAUUUGAACAGUGAGAGACAGAAUAACAACAAAAAAAUCCAGAAAAACACAUGUCAAAAAUGUUAUAGAUUGAUUUGCAUUUUAAUGAGGGAAAUAAGUAUUUGACCCCUCUGCAAAACAUGACUUAGUACUUGGUGGAAAAACCCUUGUUGGCAAUCACAGAGGUCAGACCUUUCUUGUAGUUGGCCACCAGGUUUGCACACAUCUCAGGAGGGAUUUUGUCCCACUCCUCUUUGCAGAUCUUCUACAAGUCAUUAAGGUUUCGAGGCUGACGUUUGGCAACUCGAACCUUCAGCUCCCUCCACAGAUUUUCUAUGGGAUUAAGGUCUGGAGACUGGCUAGGCCACUCCAGGACCUUAAUGUGCUUAUUUUGAGCCACUCCUUUGUUGCCUUGGCCGUGUGUUUUGGUUAAUUGUCAUGCUGGAAUACCCAUCCACGACCCAUUUUCAAUGCUCUGGCUGAGGGAAGGAGGUUCUCACCCAAGAUUUGACGGUACAUGGCCCCGUCCAUCGUCCCUUUGAUGCGGUGCAGAAAAACACCCCCAAAGCAUAAUGUUUCCACCUCCAUGUUUGACGGUGGGGAUGGUGUUCAGUGGGGUCAUAGGCACAUUCCUCCUCCUCCAAACACGGCGAGUUGAGUUGAUGCCAAAGAGCUCGAUUUUGGUCUCAUCUGACCACAACACUUUCAUCCAGUUCUCCUCUGAAUCAUUCAGAUGUUAAUUGGCAAACUUCAGACGGGCCUGUAUAUGUGCUUUAUUGAGCAGGGGGACCUUGCGGGCGCUGCAGGAUUUCAGACCUUCAUGGCGUAGUGUGUUACCAAUUGUUUUCUUGGUGACUAUGGUCCCAGCUGCCUUGAGAUCAUUGACAAGAUCCUCCCGUGUAGUUCUGGGCUGAUUCCUCACCGUUCUCAUGAUCAUUGCAACUCCACGAGGUGAGAUCUUGCAUGGAGUCCCAGGCCGAGGGAGAUUGACAGUUACUUUGUGUUUCUUCCAUUUGAGAAUAAUCGCACCAACUGUUGUCACCUUCUCACCAAGCUGCUUGGCGAUGGUCUUGUAGCCCAUUCCAGCCUUGUGUAGGUCUACAAUCUUGUCCCUGACUUCCUUGGAGAGCUCUUUGGUCUUGGCCAUGGUGGAGAGUUUGGAAUCUGAUUGAUUGAUUGAUUGAUUCUGUGGACAGGUGUCUUUUAUACAGAUAACAAACUGAGAUUAGGAGCACUCCCUUUAAGAGUGUGCUCCUAAUCUCAGCUCAUUACCUGUAUAAAAGACACCUGGGAGCCAGAAAUCUUUCUGAUUGAGAAGGGGUCAAAUACUUAUUUCCCUCAUUAAAAUGCAAAUCAAUUUAUAAAAUUUUUGACAUGCGUUUUUCUGGAUUUUUUUGUUGUUAUUCUGUCUCUCACUGUUCAAACAAACCUACCAUUAAAAUUAUAUAAUGAUCAUUUCUUUGUCAGUUGGCAAAUGUACAAAAUCAGCAGGGGAUCAAAUACUUUUUUCCCUCACUGUAUAUGCUUCAUGGUAAAGUUCUUGAAAUAACAGUGUUUUUGUGAAAGCAGCAACUGAGCGACAGUUAAGAACCACCGUGACCUAGCGGUGAACUGAACCUGUAGUCAGAUAAUGGCCUCUGUCAUUUCCAUUUAAAAGGACCCACGAGUACCAACAUGUGAAGUUCAUAGGAGCAUGUCAAAUCUGUUGUCAAAUGAAAGUCUAUAUAUAUAUUUUUUAAUUAAGGCAUACAUACUGUAUAUUAGGAAUAAGCAAAGGCUUUGAUUUUGAUAUAAAUGCAACAUGCAAGAUUUAGUUACAGUUCAUAUAAGGAAGUCAGUCAAUUUAAAUAAAUUCAUUAGGCCCUAAUCUAUGGAUUUCACAUGACUGGGAAUACAGAUAUGCAUCUGUUGGUCACAGAUACCUUUUUAAAAAAGGUAAGGGCGUGGAUCAGAAAAUCAGUCAGUAUCUGGAGUGACCGCCACUCCUUCGCAUAGAGUUGAUCAGGCUGUUGAUUGUGGCCUGUGGAAUGUUGUCCCACUCCUCUUCAAUGGCUGUGCGAAGUUGCUGGAUAUUGGCGGAAACUGCAACACGCUGUAGUACACAUCAAUCCAGAGCAUCCCAAACAUGCUUAAUGGUUGACCUGUCUGGUGAAUAUGCAGGCCAUGGAAGAACUGCGAAAUGUUCAGCUUCCAGGAAUUGUGCAUGAUCUUGCUGAAAUAUGAGGUGAUGGUGGCGUAUGAAUGGCACGACAAUGGGCAUCAGGAUCUCGUCACGGUAUCUCUGUGCAUUCGAAUUGCCAUCGAUAAAAUGCAAUUGUGUUCGUUGUCCGUAACUUAUGCCUGCCCACACUGUAACCCCACCGCCACCAUGGGACACUCUGUUCACAACGUUGACAUCAGCAAACCACUCGCCCACACGACGCCCGAUACAGUUGAAACCGGGAUUCGUCUUUGAAGAGCACACUUCUCCAGCGUGCCAGUGUCCAUCGAAGCUGAGCAUUUUCCCACUGAAGUCUGUUAUGAUGCCGAACUGCAGUCAGGUUAAGACCCUGUUGAGGACGACGAGCACGCAGAUGUGCUUCCCUGAGACAAUUUGUGCAGAAAUUCUUUGGUUGUGCAAACCCACAGUUUCAUCAGCUGUCCGGUUGGCUGGUCUCAGACGAUCCCGCAGGUGAAGAAGCCAGAUGUGGAGGUCUUGGCCUGGCGUGGUUACACCUGGUCUGCGGUUGUGAGGCAGGCUUAUUGUAGAACAUUGGAGGCGGCUUAUGAUAAAGAAAUGAACAUUCAAUUCUCUGGCAACAGCUCUGGUGGAUAUUCUUGCAGUCAGCAGGCCAAUUCCACGCUCCCUCAAAACUUGAGACAUCUGUGGCAUUGUGUUGUGUGACAAAACUGCACAUUUUAGAGUGGCCUUUAUUGUCCCAAGCACAAUGUGCACUUGUGUAAUGAUCAUGCUGUUUAAUCACUUCUUGAUAUGCCACACCUGUCAGGUGGAUGGAUUAUCUUGGCAAAGGAGAAAUGCUCACUAACAGGGAUGUGAACAAAUUUGCACACACAAUUUGAGAGAAAUACGCUUUUUGCGCGUAUGGAAAAUUUCUGGGAUCUUUUAUUUCAGCUCAUGAAACAUGGGACCAACACUUUACAUGUUGCGUUUAUAUUUUUGUUCAGUGUAGUUAUAGUGUUUUUACUGAUAUCUAUUUGGUUUAUGAAUUAUUAAGUGAUUAAAACUCUAAAUUCUGUUACCAAAUUGGUAACGGAAUCUCCGAAAAAUCUGUAACCUCUUGCUCUCCCUCUCUCGCUCUCUCUGCCUCUCUCUCUUCUCUCUCUGCCUCUCUCUCUUCUCUCUCUCUCCAGUUAAUGUCACCUCUCCCGGCUCUUUUUUUUUUUUUUUUUUUUUUUUAUCAUUAUUUUUUUUCUUCAUUAUUUUUUUUCUUCAUUUUUUAUUUAUUUUUGGGGAAUGUAUCAGCUUAAUAUUGCAGAUAGAUUGUAUCUUCUAUCAAUGUAAUUGUCUGCAUCACUUCCAAUCCCCCACCUCUCCCGGCUCUUACUGAAACUUACCCAUGACCCCCCCCUCUCCAUUUAUUGUAACCAGCAUCCUUAUCCACUGAGCACCGACCGACACCGGACGUCCAUGGACGUUGAAUAGUAGUUGAAAUUCAGUCAGUCCACCCUGCCCUUGAUUUCUACGUCCACAGACGUCGUUUUUGGUCCAGUCCGUCAGCCUUGAUUUGCCCGAAACAUAGACUUCCAUGAUUGCUUCAGAUUUGAGCACACAGUAGAGCACACUGCAGUUGAGUACACUGUAAUGUAUUGAACUGUAGUGUAGUGAACGUUACUCUACUGAAUUCUACUCUACUGAACUCUACUGAACUGUACUGAACUAUACUGUAAUGUACUGUACUGAACUCUACUCUACUGAACUGAACUGUACUGAACUGAACUCUACUGUACUGAACUGUACUGAACUGAACUCUACUUUACUGAACUGUACUGUACUCUACUGUACUCUAAUGUGCUGUGCUUUGAUGUCCAAAUGUGUGAAACAUAGACAUCUAUGAUUGGUUUAGAUUUGGUCCAGUCCGGACCAACCAAAUGUAGUCUUGUUUGGGGGCGGAGCUCAUUAAAAUAAUUGUCAGUGUGUAGAAUAAUAACCAAAUAUGCAAAGGAGGAUAUUAUAUUUUUCUACCUUUUGUGUACCUACCUAUUAAAGAUACAAUAUGCAGAAAUCGCUCCACCAUUUCCUGGUUGCUAAAAUUCAAAUAGUUUGCCUAAUUUCAGUUUAUGUGACAAAACAAGCAAUCAUCGAACCAUCUGAUAUAUUUUCAGAAAUCUUUUAUUUUCAGCUGUUAAAUAGGCUGGUGUAUAAAACCAAACGUAAAAGACGCAAAAACUAAAUUUAAGAAGGGGAAGUAUAGAAAUAGUGCACAUAGAACAGAUAUACCGCUUCUUAGACUUGCUUUUAAUGAGAAUGACAGAUCUAUAACACACAUUUCUAUGUGAAUUUGGUCACAUUUUAUUUGUCACAUGCUCCGAAUACAACAGGUGUAGACCUUACCGUGAAAUGCUUACUUACAAGCCCUUAACCAACAAUGCAGUUAGAAUAGAGUUAAGAAAAUAAAUAAAGUUACACAAUAAAAUAACAAUAAUGAGGCUAUAUACAGAAGGUACCGGUACCGAGUCAAUGUGCGGGGGUACAGGUUAGUCGAGGUAAUUUGUAGGAAGGGGUAAAGUGACUAUGCAUAGAUGAGUAGCAGCAGUGUAAAAACAAAGGGUGGGGGGUGUCAAUGCAAAUAAUCCGGGUGGCCAUUUGAUUAAUUGUUCAGCAUUCUUAUGGCUUGUAGGUAGAAGCUGUUAAGAUUCCUUUUGGACCUAGACUUGGCGCUCCGAUACCGCUUGCCUUGCGGUAACAGAGAGAACAGUCUAUGACUUGGGUGACUGGAGUCUUUGACAAUUUUUUGGGCCUUCCUCUGACACCACCUAGUAUAUAGGUCCUGGAUGGCAGGAAGCUUGGCCCCAGUGAUGUACUGGGCUGUACGCACUACCCUCUGUAGCGCCUUAUGGUCGGAUGCCGAGCAGUUACCAUACCAGGCGGUGAUGCAACCGGUCAGGAUGCUCUCGAUGGUGCAGCUGUAUAACUUUUUUGAGGAUCUGGGGACCCAUGCCAAAUCUUUUCUCUCCUGAAGGGGAAAAGGCGUUGUCAUGCUCUCUUCACGACUUUCUUGGUGUGUUUGGACCAUGAUAUUUUGUUGGUGAUGUGGACACCAAGGAACUUGAAACUCUCGGCCCGCUCCACUACAGCCACGUCGAUGUGAAUGGGGCCGUGUUCAGCCCUCCUUUUCCUGUAGUCCACGAUCAUCUCAUUUGUCUUGCUCACGUUGAGGGAGAGGUUGGAUAAGAGCGUCUGCUAAAUGUCUUAAAUGUAAAUGUUGUUACCCUGGCACCACACUGCCAGGUCUCUGACCUCCUCCCUAUUGGCUGUCUCAUCGUUGUCGGUGAUCAGGCCUACCACCGUUGUGUCGUCAGCAAACUUAAUGAUAGUGUUGGAGUCGUGCUUGGCCACGCAGUCGUGGGUGAACAGGGAUUACAGGAGAGGACUAAGCACGUACCCUUGAGGGGCCCCUGUGUUAAGGAUCAACGUUGGCAGAUGUGUUGUUGCCUACCCUUACCACCUGGGGGGUGGUCCGUCAGGAAGUCUAGGAUCCAGUUGCUGAGGGAGGUGUUUAGUCCCAGGGUCCUUAGCUUAGUGAUGAACUUUGUGGGCACUAUGGUGUUGAAUGCUGAGCUGUAGUCAAUGAACAGCAUUCUCACAUAGGUGUUCCUUUUGUCCAGGUGGGAAAGGGCAGUGUGGAGUGCGAUUUGAGAUUGCGUCAUCUGUGGAUCUGUUGGGGCGGUAUGCGAAUUGGAGUGCACGUCCUGGUAAUCCGUCUGGCCCUGCGGCCUUGUGAACUUUGACCUGUUUAAAGGUCUUGCUCACAUCGGCUAUGGAGAGCGUGAUCACACAGUCGUCCGGAACAGCUGGUGCUCUCAUGGAUGCUUCAGUGUUGCUUGCCUCGAAACGUGCAUAAAAGGCAUUGAGCCCGUCUGGUAGGCUCGCGUCACUAUGCAUCUCGCGGCUGGGUUUCCCUUUGUAGUCCGUAAUAGUUUGCAAGCCCUGCCACAUUCGACGAGCAUCAAAGCCGGUGUAGUAGUAUUCAAUCUUAGUCCUUUAUUGAUGCUUUGCCUGUUUUAAUGGUUCGUCUAAGGGCGUAGUGGGAUUUCUUAUAAGCGUCCGGAUUAGUGUCCCACUCCUUGAAAGCAGCAGCUCUAGCCUUUUGCUCGGUGCGGAUGUUGCCUGUAAUCAAUGGCUUAUGGUUGGGAUAUGUAUGUACGGUCACUGUGGGGACGACGUCGUCGAUGCACUUAUUGAUGAAGCUGGUGACUGAGGUGGUGUACUCCUCAAUGCCAUUGGAUGAAUCCCGGAACAUAUUCCAGUCUGCGCUAGCAAAACAGUCCUGUAGUGUAGCAUCCGUAUCAUCUGAUCACUUCCUUAUUGAGCAGGUUAUGUUCAGAUUUCCAAAUGGAGGGCGAGGGAGAGCUUUGUACGUGUCUCUGUGUGUGGAGUAAAGGUGGUCUAGAGUUUUUUUUUUUCUCCUCUGGUUGCACAUGUGACAUGCUGGUAGAAAUUAGGUAAAAUUGAUUUGUUUUCCUGCAUUUAAGUCUACGGCCACUAGGAGCGCCGCUUCUGGAUGAACAUUUACUGCUCGUUGAGUGCGGUCUUAGUGCCAGUGGUGGUAAAUAGACAGCUACAAAAAAUAUAGAUGAAAACUCUCUUGGUAGAUAUUGUGGUCUACAGCUUAUCAUGAGGUACUCUACCUCAGGCGACCAAUACCUCAAGACUACCUUAAUAUUAGACAUCGCGCACCAGCUGUUAUUGACAAAUAGACACACUCCUCCACCCCUCGUCUUAGCAGACGUAGCUGUUCUGUCCUGCCGAUGCACGGAAAACCCAGCCAACUGUAUAUUAUCCAUGUCGUCGUUCAGCCACUACUCAGUGAAACAUAAGAUAUUACCGUUUUUAAUGUCCCGUUGGUAGGAUAGUCUCGAACGGAGCUCAUCCAGUUUAUUCUCCAGUGAUUGCACGUUGGCUAAUAGAACGGAUGGUAGAGGCGGGUUACCCACUCGCCGAUGAAUUCUCACAAGGCACCCUGAUCUCCGCCCCAUGUAUAUCCUUAUUUUCUUCAUGCGAAUGAAGGGGAAUUGGGUCUUGUCUGGGAGCGACAUUAUAUCGCAAUAAAAAAUAUUUUUAAGUGGGAGAACUUGCACAAUUGGUGGCUGACUAAAUACUUUUUUUCCCCACUGUAGCUUUCUUUGUCUCUCCGUUUAUAGCCCUUAUGCCUACAGCCACAUCACUGGGGUUCCCCAUCCACAUGAAAGCUUAGGCUCAACCCCGUCUCAACACAUUCUCAACCCCAUCUCAACACUAUCCCCAUCUCAACCUUAUCUCAACCCCGUCUCAACCCCGUCUCAACCUUAUCUCAACCACACUGUCAGGUACUUUACUUUAACUGAACUGUGACAAAACAAUCAUUCUGUCCCCCCUCUUCUCUUCUCUUCUCUUCCUCUCCUACCUGACUCUGUAUUGGUUGGCAGUGAGGUCAUUGUAAUAGACUGGAAGUCUGUAGGAACAUGCACAGAUGUAAGUGCUCUGAUCCAAUCUCUUUGACAAGGUCAUUGUCACUGGACAGCUUUCACUAUCCCUCAGGCUUGGGUUGGACCACCACCUGUCCAGCAGCACCUGUCCAGCAGCACCUGUCCAGGCCAGCGUGACCUGACCUCCACUGCACCUAGCUGGCCACAGAGGUGAGCUAGGCGUUAUUAGCUAUGGUUAUCUGCCCCCUCGGCUCCCUACCCUGACCUCUGACCUUCUGUCCAUCCAUCAACCUCGACCCUGCCCUCUGCCCAGAGGGGUCAUCUUUGUGUUGGGUCUGUUGACUGCUGCCUGGUUUAUCAAGGCCCACCAGCCUCCCAGUCUUCUCUCUGACUGACUGUGUCUCUGUUGACCUGUGCUGUGGCUCCUGUAGGAAGGAAGGGUCAGGUCAAGCUCUCUCCAGUCUCCAGGCUGGAAUGGUGUGGUGUACUGUCAAGUAUGGAGUCUCAGGAUUUUUCUGUUCGCCACCCUCCCUGAGGGUGGGUGGCUGGGUUGCUAUGGUAGGCUGGGAGCAGGGUUGUCUCGUCACCUGGGAGUUCAGGGGUCAAUUGACUGAUUUCCCUCCCCUUUUUCUGUUGAGGUCAAAUCUUUGCUGCAGGGUUGAACUUUAUUAUAUCUUUCUCUCUGUCGCUCUCUUUCUCUCUCCCUCGCUUUCUCUCUCUGAGACCUCUUGUCUCUCUUCAGCCUCGGGCUUGGGCUUUUCCUCACAUUAUUCAUGAGUAUAUAUGCACACUUAACAUACUCUAUACUCUUCCAAGCUAGCAGUUAAAACUUCAGGGUAAUUGUCAUGUAGGCCUGGACAAUGAGAAGACUGUGCUUAGAAGGGGACAGGGAUAUGAGUGAUAGAUCUCUCACACACACCCUUUAAUAUUCCCUGUCAUCCAUCCUCAUUGACAAAUCUCUAUCCCCCCUGUGGGGUUCUCCCACUAGCUUGGAGACAACUGGACCUGUUGGGAACCGUUGUAACUCACUGAGCCCCAGUAAUGAGUCACUGAACUGGGUUGAUUGAGGCUCUCGACAGGGCCUCCCAUGUUACUGUACAGUAGACGGAGGCUCUCGACAGGGCCUCCCAUGUUACUGUACAGUAGACGGAGGCUCUUGAGAUAGCAUUUUUUAUGAACAAACAACAGAAUGGAGGGAAUGCUGGUCUUCAGCGGCUGUCAGUAUAGGGCUCUGAUCUUCAGCAGGCUGUCAAUAAGGCAAGCAGACAGGCCCCUAAGGCAAGCAGACAGGCCCCUAAGGCAAGCAGACAGGCCCCUAAGGCAAGCAGACAGGCCCCUAAGGGGCUCUCUUUUUAGCUUUCUAUUAAUCUCAUGCUGACUGUCUCUAUGCAUCUCCCUUUAUCUCCCCUCUCAUGCUAACUGUCACUAUGCAUCUCCCUUUAUCUCCCCUCUCAUGCUGACUGUCUCUAUGCAUCUCCCUUUAUCUCCCCUCUCAUGCUGACUGUCUCUAUGCAUCUCCUUUUAUCUCCCCUCUCAUGCUGACUGUCUCUAUGCAUCUCCCUUUAUCUCCCCUCUCAUGCUGACUGUCUCUAUGCAUCUCCCUUUAUCUCCCCUCUCAUGCUGACUGUCUCUAUGCAUCUCCCUUUAUCUCCCCUCUCAUACUGACUGUCUCUAUGCAUCUCCUUUUAUCUCCCCUCUCAUGCUGACUGUCUCUAUGCAUCUCCUUUUAUCUCCCCUCUCAUGCUGACUGUCUCUAUGCAUCUCCCUUUAUCUCCCCUCUCAUGCUGACUGUCUCUAUGCAUCUCCCUUUAUCUCCUCUCUCAUGCUAACUGUCACUAUGCAUCUCCCUUUAUCUCCUCUCAUGCUGACUGUCUCUAUGCAUCUCCCUUUAUCUCCCCUCUCAUGCUGACUGUCUCUAUGCAUCUCCCUUUAUCUCCCUCUCAUGCUGACUGUCUCUAUGCAUCUUCCCUUUAUCUCCCCUCUCAUGCUGACUGUCUCUAUGCAUCUCCCUUUAUCUCCCUCUCAUGCUGACUGUCUCUAUGCAUCUCCCUUUAUCUCCCUCUCAUGCUGACUGUCCUGAUGCAUCUCCCUUAUCUCCCCUCUCAUGCUGACUGUCUCUAUGCAUCUCUUUUAUCUCCCCUCUCAUGCUGACUGUCUCUAUGCAUCUCCCUUUAUCUCCCCUCUCAUGCUGACUGUCUCUAUGCAUCUCCCUUUAUCUCACCCUCUCAUGCUGACUGUCUCUAUGCCAUCUCCCUUUAUCUCCCCUCUCUACUUACUGACUGUCUCUAUGCAUCUCCUUUAUCUCCCCUCUCAUGCUGACUGUCUCAUGCAUCUCCUUUUAUCUCCCCCUCAUGCUGACUGUCGCUAUGCAUCUCUCCUUUAUCUCCCUCUCAUGCUGACUGAUCUAUGCAUCUCCCUUUAUCUCCCCUCUCAUACUGACUGUCUCUAUGCAUCUCCUUUAUCUCCCUCUCAUGCUGACUGUCUCUAUGCAUCUCCUUUAUCUCCCCUCUCAUGCGACUGUCGCUAUGCAUCUCCCUUUAUCUCCCCUCUAUGCUGACUGUCCUAUGCAUCUCCCUUUAUUCCUCUCUCAUGCUAACUGUCAUGCAUCUCCUUUAUCUCCCUCUCAUGCUGAUGUUCUAUGCAUCCCUUUAUCCCCCUUAUGCGACUGUCUCUAUGCAUCUCCCUUUAUCUCCCUCUCAUGCUGAUGUCUCUAUGCAUCUCCCUUUAUCUCCCCUCUCAUGCUGACUGUCUCUAUGCAUCUCCCUUUAUCUCCCUCUCAUGUGACUGUCUCUAUGCAUCUCCCUUUAUCUCCCCUCUCAUGCUGACUGUCUCUGCAUCUCCCUUUAUCUCCCCCUCUCAUGCUGACUGUCUCUAUGCAUCUCCCUUUAUCUCCCCCUCUCAUGCUGACUGUCACUAUGCAUCUCCCUUUAUCCCGCCUCUCAUGUGACUGUCUCUAUGCAUCUCCCUUUAUCUCCCCUCUCAUGCCUGAAUGUCCCUAUGCAUCUCCCCUGUAUCUCCCCUCUCAUGCUGACUGUCCUCUAUGCAUCCUCCCUUUAUAUUCCCCUCUCAUGCUGACUAGUCUCUAUGCAUAUCCCUUUUAUCUCCCCUCUCAUGUGACUGUCUAUGCAUCUUCUCCAUUUAUCUCCCCUCUCAUGCUGACUGUCUCUAUGCAUCUCCUUUUAUAUACCCCUCUCAUGCUGACUGUCUCUAUGCAUCCCCCUUUUAUCUUCUCCCCUCUCAUGAUGGACUGUCUCUAUAUUGCAUCUCCCUUUAUCUCCCCUCUCAUGCUGACUGUCUCUAUGCAUCUCCCUUUAAUCUCCCCUCUCAUGCUACUGUCCGCUAUGGCAUCUCCCUUUAUCUCCCCUCUCACUGACUGUCUCUAUGCAUCCUCCCUUUAUCUCCCCCCUCUCAUGCUGACUGUCUCUAUGCAUCUCCCUUUAUCUCCCCUCUCAUGCUGACUGUCUCUAUGCAUCUCCUUUAUCUCCACUCUCAUGCUGACUGUCUCUAUGCAUCUCCCUUUAUCUCCCCUCUCAUGCUGACUGUCUCUAUGCAUCUCACCUUUAUCUCCCCUCUCAUGCUGACUGUCCUCUAUGCAUCUCCGUUUAUCUCCCCCCUCUCAUGCGACUGUCUCUAUGCAUCUCCCUUUAUCUCCACUCUCAUGCUGACUGUCUCUAUGCAUCUCCCUUAUCUCCACUCUCAUGCUGACUGUCUCUAUGCAUCUCCCUUUAUCUCCCCUCUCAUGCUGACUGUCUCUAUGCAUCUCCCUUUAUCUCCCCUCUCAUGCUGACUGUCUCUAUGCAUCUCCCUUUAUCUCCCCUCUCAUGCUGACUGUCUCUAUGCAUCUCCCUUUAUCUCCCCUCUCAUGCUGACUGUCUCUAUGCAUCUCCCUUUAUCUCCCCUCUCAUGCUGACUGUCUCUAUGCAUCUCCCUUUAUCUCCCUCUCAUGCUGACUGUCUCUAUGCAUCUCCCUUUAUCUCCCCUCUCAUGCUGACUGUCUCUAUGCACUCCCUUUAUCUCCCCUCUCAUGCUGACUGUCUCUAUGCAUCUCCCUUUAAUCUCCCCUCUCAUGCUGACUGUCUCUAUGCAUCUCCCUUUAUCUCCCCUCUCAUGCUGACUGUCUCUAUGCAUCUCCCUUGAUCUCCCCUCUCAUGCUGACUGUCUCUAUGCAUCUCCCCCCCCUUUUUUAUUCUCUCCCUCUCAUGCUGACUGUCUAUAUGCAUCUCCCAUUUAUCUCCCCUCUCAUGCUGACUGGUCUCUAUGCAUCUCCCUUUAUCUCCCCUCUCAUGCUGACUGGUCCUCUAUGCAUCUCCCUUUAUCUCCCCUCUCAUGCUGACUGUCUCUAUGCAUCUCCCUUUAUCUCCCCUCUCAUGCUGACUGUCUCUAUGCAUCUCCCUUUAUCUCCCCUCUCAUGCCUGACUGUCUCUAUGCAUCUCCCUUACUCCCCUCUCAUGCUGACUGUCUCUAUGCAUCUCCCUUUAUCUCCCCCCUUCAUGCUGGACUGUCUCUUAUGCAUCUCCCUUAUCUCCCCUCUCAUGCUGACUGUCUCUAUGUGCAUCUCCCUUUAUCUCCCCUCUCAUGCUGCUGUUCUCUAUGCAUCUCCCCUUUAUCUCCCCUCUCAUGCUGACUGUCUCUAUGCAUCUCCCCUUUAUUCCCCUCUCAUGCUGACGGUCUCUAUGCAUCUCCCUUUAUCUCCCCUCUCAUGCUGAUGUCUCUAUGCAUCUCCCUGGAUCUCCCCUCUCAUCUGACUGUCUCUAUGCAUCUCCCUUUAUCUCCCCUCUCAUGCUGGCUGUCUUCUAUGCAUCUCCCUUUAUCUACCCCUCUCAUGCUGACUGUCUCUAUGCAUCUCCCUUUAUCUCCCCUCUCAUGCUGACUGUCUCUAUGCAUCUCCCUUUAUCUCCCCUCUCAUGCUGACUGUCUCUAUGCAUCUCCCUUUAUCUCCCCUCUCAUGCUGACUGUCUAAUUAAUUCACCCGUGACGCUGCAGACACAGACCGCUCCAGGUAGUUCAUUCACAGCAGCCCAUCUUAGAUCAGACAGACAGACAGACACCUGAGAGAGCAGCUGGCCUGCUGCCAACUGCAGGAUCAAGCAAGGCAACCUCAGAGAGAAACGAGGGAGAGGGGGAGGGAGGAGAAACUAAUCCUAAAAACACAGUGGUGCUUUUGGCUGUAGGCCUGUAUUACUGUCAAGUGUGGGUGUCAGUGGUUUAGUACUUGUGACAUCCACUCUAAAGAAAAGCAGAUCAGAUCUCUCUCCCCUGAGAACUAUUUCCAUGCACAAAUGACAAGCUCAAUUCUCUAAACUGAAUGAAAACCUAUACCUGUAACCCUAACCUGUAAAUAACCAUAAUAGUUCCUGGAAACACACUGCACUGUAUCGUAAUUGCUGCUUUUAGGGAUAAUAUUGUUAACAUUAAGCCGUUAAUCUUUGUGGUGUUUGUUCUGUCAGUCUGAUGCCUGUCAUUUCUGUUUCUGGUUGUAACAAGGCAUCAUGUGCUGCUACUAGCUAUUAGCAUGAACACAUUAGCCUUUAGCACUGUUAGAAUAAAGCCAUUUUAACCCUUUUUUCCCCCAAUUCCUGCCCUUUCUGUUUGUGUUUGUAGUUGUUUGAGUCUGUAUCUGUGGCAUAGUGUGAUGCAGCUAGAUUGCCCCCCCCCCACCCUGUUUCCUGUUUCCUGUCGUCCACGGUUAGCUCCUUGGUCUUACUGACGUUGACGUGAUGUGAUGGAGAUAAAGAUAAUACGUCUCUCAGUAUUCAUCGAAGGGAACAUUUUAUAUCAAGUUCGCCUCAGAUCUUUAUAUAGUAUUUAGCCAAAAUGCUGGCCCCACAGGGCUCCCUUGGAAAAAGAGAUAUAUCUCAGUAGGACUCACCUGGUUAAAUAAAGGAUAAAUGACCGUCAAUAUCGGCAAUUGUUUUUUACGUUGGUGUCUCAGUCACCCUAGCGGUGGAGUUGGAAUCUUUUCUUUUGACACGCUAGUCACUUUGCGUUAGCGUGGCUAACUGUAGCUUAGACUCUGUCCUGUACAGUGGUGAAUGGUGGCCUGUGGAGAGCACUCUGUCUACCCAGUAUCACCAGGGAAGUGGUGAAUUAAAGCUGAACUUUAAAGCCUCGGUUUAAAUUUUCCUUAUUAGGAAAUGCGUCUGAGAACGAGAUUUGGGUCAUGGAGUCGUGCUUUGAUGUGGGUGUGUUCGAAUGUGUGUGUUCGAAUGUGGGAAGCGUUUGUACUUUCACUCUGCCAAAACAGUACACAGUUACAGUCACUCAACCUUCUAGAUACAUUGAAACAGUCUAACCAGGGCCUUGUGUCUGGAAGUAGCCUAGACUAGCUAGCAAGCUAGCCAACUUUUCAUUUAAAAAAACAAAUAUUGUCCCGUGUACAUUGUAUAAUUAAUUGACGGUCCCUAACUAGCCCCAUAGGAAUAUCGAAUGUCAAACAAAAUUGACCAUGGGCAUUAUGAUCGAGUCGCUUGCAGCUGCGCUCCGAAUUGAUGAUACACUUGGAUUGAAAUAAACCCAACCCAAGGAAAACUGUUACGGUACCCUUCAUUCCUUGACAUUAUCUCGCAAAUAUCAGUUUUGGACGAGACUGACUUUAUGAACAAAAUUAUCGUAUUUACACUCUGUAGUCAAUUUUGACACUACGAUAUAUUUUUCCGACUCUUAUCGAUGCCACAUAGGCCAUUUUCACCCAGAGAAGUUCUUUAUUGCCUUCAGUUGCUCUUUAAGCCAUUGAGUGUUCAUUAGAGAACAGCUGUUUAUGUUGGCACACGAGCAUGGUAGUGGGAUUAGCACACACAGGCUCAGAUAAACCAGGCCCAGCGGUUUAGAAAUGUGUGACGCUCGUACUGCCUCUGAGGGUUUUUUAUCUGGCUAUCUUGGUUUUACUGUCUGUUUUGUGACUUUUUCUGAAACGAGAUACUAGUUAUUUUGACUAUGACACACAAAAAACGUCUGUUGUACUACAGUGACACAUGAAAUAAUUUGCUAUGUGGAACCUCCUCUUCCUUCAUGGAACCAUCACUUCCCUCAUGGAACUUCCCUCAUGGAACCAUCACUUCCCUCAUGGAACCAUCACUUCCCUCAUGGAACCAUCACUUCCCUUAUGGAACCUCCUCUUCCCUCAUGGAACCAUCACUUCCCUCAUGGAACCUCCUCUUCCCCCAUGUUGUUCAUCAAUACUGUAUCAAGCACCAGUGUAUGAUGUCGUUAUGUCCGUGACCGUGUAUGAUGUCAUUAUGUCCCUGACCGUGUAUGAUGUCAUUGUGUUGCCUGCCUCCUCUAAACUCUGUAUUUUUAUUCUCUUCUCAGCUGGAAUGUCCUGAGUCGGUCCCCUGGCCCAGAGAAGAACUCCCAGCAGCAGCCAGCGCUGAUGGGACCUGCUUCUCCACUAUGAGCCUUCAAGAUGGUGGCUGCGGCUAUGCUAGGGCCAACGCUAAUGCCAGUGUGGUGGCUAACGCGGCUAGCGGCAGCAUGCGGCGGCGCCUGGAGGACCAGGAGUUCACCCUGCGCGUCUACCCGGGCGCCCUGGCCGAGGGCACCAUCUACUGCCCCGUGGGCGCCCGCAAGAGCACCACGGCUGCCGAGGCCAUCGAGCUCCUGCUGGAGCGCCUGCGUCUGGACCGCACCAAAUGCUACGUGCUAGCCGAGGUGAAGGAGUUCGGUGGGGAGGAGUGGAUCCUCAACCCCAGCGACUACCCUGUCCAGCGGAUGAUGCUGUGGCCCCGCAACGCCCUGGAGAACCGCUGCGGCCUGGGCAGUGGCGAGGACUACCGCUUUCUGCUCCGAGAGAAGAACCUGGACGGUUCCAUCCAUUAUGGAGGGAGUCUCCAGAUGUGGCUGCGAGUGACCGAGGAGCGCCGCCGCAUGGUGGAACGGGGUUUUCUGCCCCAGCCCGCAGGGGGCGAGCACCCGUCCGACCUGUGCUCUCUCCCUGAGCUGACGGAGCGUGCCCUGCUGGAGAGCCUGCGCGCACGCUUCCGCCAGGAGAGGAUCUACACCUACGUAGGCUCCAUCCUCAUCGUCAUUAACCCCUUCCAGUUCCUCCCCAUCUAUAACCCCAAGUAUGUCAAGAUGUAUGACAACCACGCUCUGGGAGAACUGGAGCCGCACAUCUACGCGGUGGCGGACGUGGCCUACCACGCCAUGCUGCAGCGGCGGAGGAACCAGUGCAUCGUCAUCUCCGGCGAGAGCGGCUCGGGGAAGACCCAGAGCACCAACUUCCUGAUUCAUCACCUCACCGCCCUCAGCCAGAAGGGAUUUGCCAGUGGGGUGGAGCAGAUCAUCUUGGGUGCGGGGCCUGUGUUAGAGGUAAGGACGUGA